UAGGGUUUCUAAUUUGGGAAUUUUACUGUCCAGAAAACGAAUCGUAAAGUAUCCUGCUUUGCAGCUUCGCGUCCUUACGUCUUCCUGCACUAUCUCUCCUCUCAAGCAUCAAAUCCGAUUCAAAGUUACGCAGUAUACUCAAAAGAGAGAGAAGAACAAACAAAAAAACCUAAAGUGUAACCAUCUAAAGUAACGAUGAGCUCCUAUGAUCGUAGAUUUGCUGAUCCGAAUUCGUAUCGCCAACGCUCUGGCGCCCCAGUUGGUUCGUCUCAGCCGAUGGAUCCUUCUGCCGCACCGUACAAUCCACGGUACGGUGGUGGUGGUGGUGGAUAUGGACCGUCCCCUGUGAUGGCGGGUGAAGGUUCCGGCUAUGGUCGGUACCCAUCAUUCCAGCCACCUACUAGUGGGUUCUCCGUUGGUCGCGGCGGCGGUGGAAGAGGCGCAUACGGUCAAUACGGGGAUAGAAGGGGUGGAUACGGCGGAGGAGCCGGCGGGAAUUGGGGAGGAAGUGGUGGAUCGAGUAAGAGAGAGCUAGAUAGCGUUUCUCUCCCGAAGCAGAAUUUUGGGAAUCUUGUUCAUUUCGAGAAGAAUUUCUACGUGGAGAGCCCUGCUGUGCAGGCGAUGACAGAGCAGGAUGUUGCCAUGUACAGAACCGGGAGGGAUAUAUCCGUUGAAGGGCGUGAUGUUCCUAAGCCGAUUAAGAUGUUCGAAGAUGCUAACUUUCCAGGUAAUAUUCUCGAAGCUAUUGCUAAACUGGGAUUUACUGAGCCCACACCAAUACAAGCUCAGGGAUGGCCAAUGGCGUUGAAGGGUAGGGAUUUGAUUGGUAUUGCUGAGACUGGCUCUGGUAAGACAUUGGCUUACUUGUUACCAGCGUUGGUCCACGUAACUGCGCAACCUCGAUUGGGUCAAGAUGAUGGACCCAUCGUGUUAAUAUUAGCCCCCACCAGAGAAUUAGCUGUUCAGAUUCAAGAGGAAUCAAGGAAAUUCGGGCUUCGGUCUGGUGUUAGGAGUACUUGUAUCUAUGGUGGUGCUCCUAAAGGACCCCAGAUUCGCGAUCUCAGAAGAGGUUCGUCUUUCUCAUUGCAAUAUUCUAGCUUUACGUAUCUAGCUGGUUCUUGGAUGGAACAUAAAACUUUACGAAUCACGAUUGGCUUGUCAGGUGUUGAGAUUGUAAUUGCUACACCUGGUCGUUUGAUCGAUAUGUUGGAGUGCCAACACACUAAUUUGAAGAGAGUGACUUACCUUGUGUUGGAUGAGGCUGACAGAAUGUUAGACAUGGGUUUCGAACCCCAAAUAAGAAAGAUUGUUUCUCAGAUCCGACCUGAUAGACAGACACUGCUUUGGAGUGCAACGUGGCCACGAGAGGUUGAAUCUCUUGCCAGGCAGUUUCUACGAGAUCCAUAUAAGGCCAUUAUUGGAUCAGCAGAUCUAAAAGCUAACCAGUCUAUUAACCAAGUGAUCGAGAUUGUACCGACGCCAGAGAAAUACGACAGGCUCCUUGCACUGCUAAAACAGUUAAUGGAUGGGAGUAAAAUCCUAAUAUUUGUGGAGACAAAGCGAGGUUGUGAUCAAGUGACUAGACAAUUGAGAAUGGAUGGAUGGCCAGCUCUUGCCAUACAUGGUGACAAGAAUCAAGCGGAAAGAGACCGAGUCUUGUCAGAAUUCAAGAGUGGAAGAAGCCCGAUUAUGACUGCCACUGAUGUCGCAGCAAGGGGACUUGAUGUGAAGGACAUAAAGUGCGUGGUUAACUAUGAUUUCCCAACUUCCUUGGAGGAUUACAUCCAUAGGAUUGGUCGAACCGGGCGUGCAGGAGCUAAAGGAAUGGCUUUUACUUUCUUUACACAUGACAAUGCAAAGUUUGCGAGAGAGCUAAUCAAGAUCCUUCAAGAAGCUGGUCAAGUUGUUCCUCCCACUCUCUCUGCACUAGUCAGAUCUUCUGGUUCUGGUUUUGGAGGUUCUGGUGGUGGCCGAAAUUUCCGGUCAAGAGGAGGAGGUCGUGGUGGGUUUGGAGAUAAACGGUCAAGAUCGACGUCAAACUUUGUACCUCAUGGUGGAAAAAGGACAGAGAGAAGAGAGAUUCUGUGUGAGAGAGAGGGGAACAUGGAGACUGACGAAAGCGGCAUCUCUUUGCCGUCGGGGCCCGACGGCGAUCCUUCAUCCGCACGAAACCUAAGGCGAUUCAACGUCGGAGAGGAUUGUCCAGUCUUCGAGGGGCUUUUCGACUUUUGCCGUGCGUCCGCUGGAGGUUCCAUUGGCGCCGCCGUCAAAUUGAACCGCCAGGACGCGGAUAUCGCCAUCAAUUGGGGCGGUGGGCUUCAUCAUGCCAAGAAAAGCGAAGCCUCUGGCUUUUGCUACGUUAAUGACAUCGUGCUAGGGAUCCUGGAGUUGCUCAAGAUGUUUAGGCGGGUUCUCUACAUAGAUAUCGAUGUGCAUCAUGGAGAUGGAGUAGAAGAAGCGUUUUACACCACAGAUAGAGUCAUGACUGUUUCUUUUCACAAAUUUGGGGACUUUUUCCCUGGGACUGGUCACAUAAGAGACGUUGGCGCAGAAAAAGGAAAAUACUAUGCUUUAAAUGUUCCAUUGAACGAUGGUAUGGACGACGAAAGUUUCCGCAGCUUGUUCAGGCCCCUUAUCAAGAAGGUUAUGGAGGUGUAUCAACCAGAAGCAGUUGUUCUUCAGUGUGGGGCUGACUCCUUAAGUGGUGAUCGGUUGGGUUGCUUCAACUUAUCAGUCAAGGGUCAUGCUGAUUGCCUCCGGUUCUUAAGAUCUUACAAUGUUCCUCUGAUGGUCUUGGGUGGUGGAGGGUAUACUAUUCGAAAUGUUGCCCGUUGCUGGUGUUAUGAGACUGCAGUCGCGGUUGGAGUAGAGCCGGACAACAAACUCCCUUACAAUGAGUAUUUUGAGUAUUUCGGCCCAGAUUAUACACUUCAUGUCGAGCCUAGCGCAAUGGAGAAUUUAAACACACCAAAAGAUAUGGAGAGGAUAAGGAACACAUUGCUAGAACAACUUUCGGGACUAAUACACGCACCUAGCGUGCCGUUUCAGCACACACCUCCAGUCAAUCGAGUUUUGGAUGAGCCGGAAGAAGACUUGGAGAAGAGACCAAAGCCUCGCAUUUGGACUGGAACUGCAACGUAUGAAUCGGACAGUGACGAUGAUGAGAAACCUAUUCAUGGUUUCUCAGGUAUUGGUGGCCGAACUACGGACAGGGACUCUACAGGUGAAGAUGAAAUGGAAGACGAAAACCCAGAGCCGGAGGUGAAUCCCCCAUCGUCUUAAAACCAGAUUAUUGGUGUCAUUAGCAUAUGGUAAUGUUGGCAGAUCCAAGACGCAAGUUGGGGAGGCACCCUUUUGUGUUCUGUGAAAAAACACUGCAUUGAUUUGAUAGAACAGUGACUAGGUCUUGGCUUUUGGAAGUCUGAAAAGAUGUGAAAGCUUGCAAAAAAAACCUUUUUCUUUUGGCUUCGAACUUUCAUAGGAAUGCAUUUCUAUUACCAUUCAAACAAAAGCAGUAAAAAUGUUUUUCUUAAUCUUAUCGUACAAAGCCAUUUCACAUGAAACCGAACGGAAGCAGCUUAAAAUUGAGACUUUCACCACCCAGAUUCAUUAAAAUUUGCCCAUAAUUAAGAGCAGCCAUGGCCAAGGAGCUUGUUUCUCUGCAACUUCUCCCACCACAAAUUCACAUUCCUCGCCACUUCCUUACCCUUUCUCCUCCUUCAACUCUAAAUCUCUGCCCUAAACCACCGCAAAACCCAAUCUUUAUCCGCCGGUCAACCACCCACUCUCGCCGCAACAAAACUUCCAACGACGACGAAGGGAUCCCAGCCAAUGAAGUGAAAACCAUGGCCAAAUUCAAAUCCCGCCACAAUUACAUCAGAGUCAUUGAAGUCUCUCGGAAAACAGAUCACCCACUCGCCGGCUCACGCCUCCUCCUCCUCGACAAUCCCGGUAACAUCCACAGCAUCUCUUUCCUCCUCAAAACCCUAACCGAUAGUUACUUCGACGUUUUCGCUACCCUGCCUCCGAUUAUCCCUCCCGGACCAAUCGGCAUUCUCGGUUUCGGAGCCGGUUCAACUGCCCGGUUGAUUCUCGAGCUUUACCCACCCGAGUUCACAGUCCAUGGAUGGGAAAUCGACCCUUAUGUAAUCGACGUCGGUAGAGAGUUCUUUGGCCUCUCUAAGCUCGAGAGGGAUCAUAAAGAUCGGAUUUUUAUCAACAUUGGAGACGCCUUGAACGCCAGCGUCAAAAACGGGUUUUCGGGUAUUUUAGUGGAUUUGUUUAGCAAAGGGAGUGUGAUCAAAGAGCUCCAAGAUCCAUGUGUCUGGGAGAAUUUGAAAAGUAGGUUGAGGAAGAAAGGGAGGAUCAUGGUGAAUGUUGGAGGAAGAUGUGUGGAAGCUGAGGAUUCAGAGAGGGAUGGAGAUUUGGUUAUGGAGGAAACGUUGAAAGCGAUGAGCCAGGUCUUUGGUGAUAAGCUCUUUGUUCUAACGCUUGGGAAUGGGAAUGAUAGCUCGCUGGCUCUCACCGGUGAGUUACCGGAACUUGAUGCGUGGAAGAAGAGACUCCCGCUUCGCCGCCAAUUGAGUAGCUAUGUCGAUAUGUGGAGACCUUUUACAGAAUUUGAGAUGUUAGCCUCAUGAUUUGGUUAAUUAAUCAGUUUAGCUUAUGUGUGGAUGCUGCAAUGUCUUUGCUCUCUCGUUUUAGAUCAUACCAAAAGUUAUACCAAUAGCCACACAAAACCUGUUCUGCCUCAAUCAUUCUGUCUUCAUUGUUGAAUCUUAAGGCUAUCUACUUUUUUUUCCCAUGGUUUCAGUCUAGAGAUUAGUCGUUACCGUUGUGUAUGAUCCAAAUUGAAAGUUGGGAUCUUCUCAUCUUUUUUUUUAUAAGUUUUCCCAGUUUAUACUCAAAGGAGAAAGAUCUAGAUAGUGGAUCGGCUAAAAGCCACUGAGGCUUUGUCACAAGG